ACAACGAUCAAUCCCGCCGGAGUCCUCUUAAAACACUCAUAUAAACCCAUAAAUAUUAAUUCUUUCAGCUUUCAUCACACACGCGGGAUCGAACCACCAUGCACUGACCAUGAAACCCCUCACUCCUCCACCUGCUCUCUUUCUGCUCUGCUAAUUCCUAUUUCCUUCCUGUUUGCCGGAGCGUUUUUCAAAUCUAGAUCCGAGCGACAAGAAGUACCCUCGUUGUCGUUGACGUGAAUCUUGCUACGGAUCUACGUUGUUUAAGAUCCGUCCCCUUUGAACUCUGUUGACAUCGUCGUGUAGACCUUUUUAGUCGAUUGGAUCGUUUGUGGUUCGAGUAAUGAGACGAAAUUGAGCCAUUAAAGGUUCCAGUGUGGUGCUGUACCUUCUCAAUAUUACUUUUGUCGGCUCGGUGAGAGUACGAUGGACGCGAAGCUGUGUGCGCGUUAUUUGUUUCUUUGUUGAAAUCAGGUGCGAUUUUUUGAGAUGGGGAUUUUGACGUUAGGGGUCAGUAAGGCGCUGCUGGCCAUUACCAAUUUUUUUCUAUUGGUUUGCGGAUUCACACUGGUCAGUGGAGGGCUACUUCUGUUAUUCGAUAAUGACAGGAUCCUUCUUUCAAAACUAUUGGUUUCUGGUGUGCAAUCCAGCCUCCACUACCCUCUUCUGUAUUACGCUUCCAUAGGGAUAACGAUAAUGGGAUGCGUCUUAGCUAUGACAGGAGUUCUUGGAUGUUGGGCCUCGUGUAUGCAUAGCUACUGCAUGCUGACUAUUUAUUUUCUGAUCAUUAUCCUGGUGCUCAUUUUCGAAUGUGUACUUUUCGCCACGAUUUGGGCCUGGCCAAAUUGCUUGGGCUUAGUUCUGGAUCCAUACGAGCUCACAAAAUCUGUACAGGGAAGAUUCGGAAAAGAAUCGGGGGAAGAAUUCACAGCAGCUGUAGAUUUGGCGCAGACCUUGUUCCAAUGCUGUGGAAUCGAAUCAGCGAACGAAUACGACACCUCACUAUGGAGGUUGCAAUCUCUGAGCCAUUCUUUAGCUGUGCCAUUAACUUGCUGCAAACUGAGCAACUUGAACGAUACCAAAGCAUACCUAAAUCCGAUACCUACAAACACAACCCUCUGUCAAGCUUUGGAAGUAGGAAGACAUGAGAAUUAUCGUCAUCUGAAGGGUUGCCAAAGUUCAUUGGAAAAAUGGUACACUGAUCAAUACAUGAUCCUUUUCGCUGCUGGUCUUCUUCUGGUCCUCGUUGAAUUCAUGGUACUCCUCAGCACACUUCUCAACUGUGCCAAGAUUUACCAGUACAAACAGGAGUGCAAGGAAUCUGUAGGAGCCCGAACGCCACAGACAAUGAAACCAAGUACCAGGCAAACAGAGGAGUUCCACAGGAGAUCUCCCUUGGCCGCUUACAGUAACGAGACGUACGCUCUAACCGACAGCUUCAGGCAGAAUUACAAGCUUGUUGACACUGUAUGAUGGUGGUUGAAGGGCAUUUUUUUGCCCACGAGCACUUACACAUUGAAACAGAAUGAGAUAGAGUCGAUGCUGUGGUGAAUAUGUACAGAAAAGGAUAAUUUUAAGAUUUGUAUGUAUCAAAGAUGAAUAAUUUAAAUUUUUUUAGGAUCUACCUUUAUCAUGAUAGAGUUGAGUAUACUCAGCUAGUCGUAAAUUAGUGACGUCUAAGAGUUCAAAUGGAGAAAUACUUCGACUUAUGUUGCUAUAAAUGAUGCAAACCAAAGAAUUUCUAAUCUUUUUUCGUCAGAUAUUCAUUGUGACCGAAUAAAAAAAUUAUGCUUAUUGAAAAUAAUCGGAAAUACAAAGAUUUCUCUCUUCACUAGCGUUGCC